GCUAUGCAUCCCGCGUUGGGCUUCGUCGGAAAAUCUACGAGCUAGGGUUUCUGCUCUGUCCUCGCCGGAAGACACAAUCUCCGGCAACCAUGGCCACCACCAACUUGCAGAUGAGCCCUCAGGUCGAGCAGAUCCACGGCCAAAUCCGCGACCACUUCCGCGCCCUCGCGUACAUGAAUAGCCUUGGUAAUAAGAAACUUGAACUUUUUGAUUUGGGAGCAGGAGCAAGUGAGCCUAUAGCUGAAGAUGAUGUUCACUUGGCAUCAGGAAAAUGCUCAUUUGGCUUGUCCUCUAGAACUGUCAAAUCAAGAACUUAUCAAUGCUGGGAUGAAGACAAUGAUCAGGCCUAAGCAGGUGGCUCUUCAGAAUUGUGACUCCAUUGCUCAUGCACCUUUCUGCUUAACUAUAUUGAAAUGUAGGUUGUACAUCAAACAAUUGAAGUAGGCACCCCAACUGCCACUACCUUGAAUGGCCAAGUAAGUUUUUCUGCACCAAGUUUUUUUAAAAUAUAAGAAUAUAUCUGAUCAUGCAUUUGACUUUUGUCUGUUAUUAAUGUGCAGACUGAACAGAGGGGCCGUAUUGUUAAUGAACUUGAUUCAAUUCAGUUUUUGAUUAAGAAGGCCUCCCAGCUUGUGAAGGAGAUUGGUAGACAGGUUUCUUUACCCCAUGACCAGGUAGCUACUAAUAAGUGCAUCAUGCUUUUUCUGUUCCUUAUCGUCUGUGGUGUAGUUGCCAUUAUUUUUG